AUGAAGACGUGGAGAUGGCUUUGCCUUAUUCCACUGUUUACAGAGGAUAUCCAGGCUGCUUUCCCUCGUAUUAGCGCAAACGUAGCGGAGGGUUUGGGUGUGGCCCCACAUUCAACAUCACUGGUCAAGCCCUUCAAAGUGGUGCCGAUUGAUCCACCAGGCGCUCCCGUAGGAAAUCUCGACGACAUUCAAAAACAAGUGGAGCAACUGCACAGAGUUCCUUCAUUAAGAAAUUCAAGACCGCAGGAACAAAGCAUGAAGAUUACAAAACCGCUCGAAGGAGAAGCCCAAAGCAAAGACGCAGAAUGCCUUCACAAUCGAUGGCAAAGAAGAAGCCUGGUUACACUCAGACGUCGCGGUUGUUUGAAUACAGUAGGCUCAGGGCUACUCGCGGCUUCUAAUGGACUCGCGAAUGCAGGAGCCGGAUUGCAGCGUUUCGAUAAACUAACUGCUCGUCAGAAAUUAGGAUGGUUUCUCAAAAAAACGAAAAACGGAGUGAAACAUACGGCUUCUUUCGGUGUAAAGGUCGCAGUAUUGCCGAUUAAAGGACUGGCCUUCUUAGGAAGAAAGACGUUCGAAGGAGUUAUGGCGGUUCUGCGUGGGACAGGUCGCGUGGCCAAAACAACAGGCAGCGCGGUCGGCAAGGGACUUUUCAUUUCAGGAUACCUAGUCUAUAAAGGUGGACUCAACACGCUCAAGCUGAUAGGUAGAACAAUUCUUCACGGCUGGAAAUAUUUCGGCAAGGGAUUGGCGGCAACUGGAAGAGGGCUCCAAAAGGCUGGUCAGAAAAUGGAGGCUCAAUCAACGACACGACUGACCAAGAAAGUAUCGCCGCCGCCCACUGAACCAGCGCGACAAACGAAGAAUGGAAUCGAGCGAAAAUGAUUGUGAAAUCAGUGACUUAUGUAUUACCCCAGGCUUUCUUUCACUCUAUGCCCUAUGAUGCCGUUCUUUUGAAUUCCACUAAGUGUGCGGAAGAAAUGGACAACACACGACCCGACACGAGCACUUUUAUAAAGGACAAUUUGCAAGCGGACAACCUAAAUGUAAAUACAAGACUAGCUGUCAGAUAGACA